AUGAAAACGUUACAUUUAUUUAUUUAUUUUCUUAUUUUCUUGUGUGUGAAUUCAACUACGCGUUGCCAAGUAACAUGUGAAACAACAGAACUUUCGACAACAGACAUUUCUUCUGUCAAAGACAUGUGUCAAGAUUAUAUUGUCGAUGCCAAAUGUAUAACAACACAAGCAUCUUUAUUUAAAACCAAUUAUGUAAUUAAAUCUGUAACUUUUUUAAGCACCACUCCAGUUGAGUUAAAAGAAUCCACAUUUUUUGUUUCCAGUGUAGAGAGUGUGAUAUCAAUGGGUGGGUUUUCAAGUAUGGGGAAUACUUGUUUUUCAAGUUCACAUAUUCGGACCAUCAACUUACGAAAUAUGGUUUCUAUUAAUGAUAAUACAUUCCACAACACAACCAAAUUAGUAAGUAUUAUUGGUAUGGACUCGGUAACUUCGAUUGGGUAUCAAGGUUUAGCAUAUUCCUCUGUUUCUCAAAUCAAAUUUGGACCACAUUCCCUUUCAGUUGGUUCAUAUGGGUUUUCAAAUUGCUUGACUAUCAAAAAGUUGCAUUUUCCUGGUGGGUUAAUAAGUGCUGAUGUCGCCUCUUUUAUUAAUUGCAAAAAUCUCACCGACAUCGAUCUUACCGGAUUACCAACAGUACCAGCGCAGAUGUUAUCUGGGUGUACUUACCUUGUUAACAUAACAAGUAUGAUCGCAAGAACUAUCGAUUUAUCUGCUUUCUAUUCAACGCCGUUAUCAUCCAUCACCAUUUAUGAAUAUUAUUCAAUUACAGAUUCAAUGCCAAAAGACACAAACAAUGUUAUAUAUCUUGUUGUUAAUACAAAGAGUUGGUUUAUUCCAAAUGAUUAUUUUAGGAUUAUUUAUUAUUUAAAUGGGCAAUAUGAAGAAUGUGGAGAUGUUGAACAGAUACAACUAUCCAAAUGUGGACAAUAUUCAUGGAAUGCUGGUUUGUCAUGUGCAUCAUGUGGGCCAAAUGAAAUUGCGGAUUAUGAAAUAACACACAAUUGUUAUCCAAUGUGCAGAAGUUAUGUGCACGAUUGUAAAGUGUGUAGUAGUUCGACAACUUGUCAAGAGUGUGAACCCAGCUUUUUAUAUAUAGGUGGACAAUGCCAGACGUGUCAGUAUUAUGGAGAGUGCUACGAGUGUGAUAUUAAUAAAUGCACGGCGUGUAGUGCUAAUUACAAAUACGAUGCUGAAAAAAUGAAGUGUGGAUUCUGUGAGUUGGAGUCAGGGUAUUAUAUUGAUGGAAAUGACUGUAAUAAGUGUAAUGAGAAUUGUACAUUAUGUACAAGUGCUACAGUUUGUACUGAAUGUAAAGAUGGGUUUUACUUGAAAGAUAACACAUGUUUGCCAUGCACAUUAAUUGGCUGUUUUAAAUGCACUGAAUUUGAAUGUCUGGAGUGCCAAACGGGGUUUUAUCUCAACGACAACAAGUUGUGUAGUUUAUGCUCUGAGUUUGGGAAUUGCAUUGAAUGUACAAUUGAAGGGUGUACUACUUGUUUAGAUCAUAUGUAUUACAACACAACAACGAGAUUGUGCGACAAUUGUGUUGAAGGGUGUGAUAUAUGUGACAACUCGUUUUCAUGUAACACCUGUCAUAACACAUAUUACCAUUACAAAGAAGAUGAAAUGAAGUGUGCCACGUGUCCAAUAGAUAAUGGAGACUACCUUAAAGGAAUGAAUUGCAAAAAUUGCAUCAAAAAUUGUUUAAGUUGUACCGAAAGUGACAAUUGUCAAUUCUGUGAAAACACUUUUUAUUCAGAUAUUAUUGAAAACACCACAACAAAUGUUUGUAUGGAAUGCACAGAACUUGAUUCAAAGUGCUUGUUGUGUUCAAAUGAAAAGCAGUGCACAACAUGUUACCCAUCAUAUGGCGUCUUUUCUGGUCGAUGUCAGAAGUGUUCCGAAGAGUAUUUUGAUUGUGAAGAGUGUAAUGAUACAGUGUGUUUACAAUGCGGAGACAUCACUUAUCUCGACAAUGGAAAAUGCACGGAAUGUGGGUACAAAUACGCCAAUUGUGCGACAUGUAACGAGACUGAAUGUCUCAGUUGCAUAACUGAUUUUAGUUUGUAUGAAGAAAAGUGUGUUGAUUGUGUUGGGUUAUUUGGGAUGUGUGACUCGUGUUCAAGUGACGAGUGUUUGCAUUGUAAAGAAGGAGCAUCUCAGGUUGCAUACAGUUGUUACAAUUGCAGUGAAUAUAACACAAAUUGUGUUGAAUGUGACAGUUCAACGUGUUUGAGAUGUAAAAUGCCAUUCACUUUAAAUGGAGAGAACUGUUUCGAUUGUUCUGAUUUUGAGAAUUGUGAAAUUUGCAACAGCACUCACUGUAUCGCCUGUAAAAAUGGGUUUGUUAAUUUGGGAGACAAUUUUGCCAUUUGUGGAGAUAUUCCCAAUUGCUCUGAAUGUGACCAAACAUCAUGUAUAUCAUGCAAUUUGAAAUUUUUUUUGAAUGACAAAACGUGUGAAAAUUGUAUUGAGAAUUUAGUGGGGUGA